GACACAAAGCUGUGAAAAUGGAGGCUGACGUGUUGGACACAAGCAACCCCUUAUCAUCAGAGGGCCAUAACUUGCUUCUGGACUCAGACCUGCAUGAUGCAGAUAGCUAUGACAAUCCAGACCCUGGGCUGCUGUCAGAAAAGAAUGAGCCGUGUUCCCUGCAGCAGUCACAGGUCCUGGAGCUUUUCACCAACAGCCAGCUGUGGCAAAACAUGACCCUGUGUGCCCGUGCCCGCCAACUAUGGCUGCUCAUUCGUACUGGCCUCCAUGACAUUGUGGAAAAGGAGAAGAGAGCCGAGCUGCGUGUUGCUCGCUUGACACAUGGGUUGGAGCCACUGCGCCGCCUGGAGGUGCCAGCUGGGCUGCGAUCGGUGGCACAAGACCCAGUGGGAGGACACUUCGUGGUGCUGGAUGGGGCAGGUUGCCUGCAUCUUCAUAAAAAGGAUGGCUGGGCUCAGGAGAAGCUGCAGGCCCCUGUGGCACUUACUGGUCUGGUAGCUGUGCUGGGCCCUCUGGGAGCAAUGGGUCGCUUUGUAGGCUGGGGUCCCUCAGGGCUGGCCAUACUAAGGCCAGACCUCAGCCUGCUGUGGUUGAGCCAGCCUGAGGUGAGUAGGGUUCUAGGUGGUGAGCCCACUUGCUGCUUGCCAGUACCCAACCUGGGGCUGCUGCUUGUGGCUGAGAUGGGUGGCAGCCUGGCUCUCUGGAAGUUCCGCUCAGGUGGUCGCCGCCUGGUGUUGCGUGGCUUACCCCUGCAGCCACCACCAGGCCUGGCAGGCACACUCAAGCGUCUGGCUCUGGGGCCAGGGUCUACCCACCAAGAUACACACUGCUUUGCGGCCUACGGCUCAUCUGUGCUCACCUUCAAUCUGCAUGCCUGGACCCUCACAGAUGUGCGCCAAAAUCUGCACAAAACCACCAUCUCCGAUCUGGCCUACUUUGAGGAAGCAAAGGCCAUGGUGACAUCUUCGCAGGACAGUAUGGUGAAAGUGUGGGAGGUUAACUGGCAGAUUCGCAUGGUGUUCGUGGGUCACACAGGCCCGGUGACUGCUAUGGUCAUUCACCCGAACACCACCCGAGUGUCUUCUGCCUCUCAAGAUGGAACGUUGCGCACUUGGGACCUGCAGAUGGCGGCGCAGGUGGGAGAGGUGGCGCUGUGCUCCUGGGGCCAGGAUGUGCUGUCAGCACGCGUGAGGCGCUUGCUGGCGCCCGCGGCCCGGGGCUGGCCGGUGUUCUCACUGUGCGCGAGCAGCGUGGAGCUGUGGCGCGAAAGCGAACUCUACUCGCCAUUGGCACAGCUGCCGGCGUCCGUGCUCCACCUACAGGUGGCACCUGAGCUACCUGCGCCCGCGGACCCUUCGCUGCCCACGCGCCUCGUGUGCGCGUGUGUCGACGGCUCCGUGUACCUGGUGUCAGCUGCCACAGGGAGCACAGUGAGCGCACUACUGCUUGAACCGGAGGACUGCGCGAUUGCGGUGGCCUACUGCCUUCCGCGCGAGGCCCUGUGGCUGCUGACGCGCACAGGACACCUGGUGCGCGCCAACGCGGCGCGCUACCCCAUGAGUGUGCUGCAUCGUGUGUGCCCGCCGCCGGCCCCUGCGCCACAGCCCUGUUGCCUGCACCUCUAUAGUCACCUUACAGACCCCCGCAGCGCGUUCGCCUGCUGGGAAAUCGUGCGCCAGCAGGAGGGCGAUCUGCGCAGCAGUGCUGUAGCCUGGGCCUGGAAAAACAAAAACCGGUAUCUGCCAGUGAUAGGGCAUACAGACGGUGCACUCUCGGUGCUUGAUUGGCUCACCUCAAAAACUGUGUUCCAUACAGAGGCGCACAGCCCAGGCCCUGUUACCGCCAUUGCGUCCACCUGGAACAGCAUCGUUUCUUCGGGCGGAGACCUGACUGUGAAGAUGUGGCGCGUCUUCCCCUAUGCAGAGGAGAGCCUGAGCCUGUUGCACACCUUCUCCUGCUGCCACCCUGUUGUGGCCCUCUGUGCUCUGGGUAAACGCAUCACUGUAGGCUUUGAGGACCCAAACAGUGCCACCUAUGGCCUGGUGCAGUUUGGCUUGGGUGAGGGCCGGCGCCGUGACCACCGACCCCAGGAUGACCCCAUGGACCACAUCACUGGCCUGUGCUGCUGCCCCACACUCAAGCUGUAUGCCUGCUCUAGCCUGGACUGCACCAUCCGCAUCUGGACCUCAGAGAACCGUCUUCUGCGGCUCCUGCAGCUAGAUGGUGCCCCUCAGGCCCUGGCCUUCUCCAGCAACAGUGGAGACCUAGUGCUGGCACUGGGUUCCCGCCUCUGCCUGGUGUCCCAUGGGCUCUAUCUGCCCACGUCCUACCUGGUUAAGAAUCUGUGCCAGAAGGCCCCUGAUGUGGUGGAUGACCCUCCAUUGCCACUGACCAGCCAGGAGUCACUGACCUCCAUCCAAAUGCAGAGGCUCACCAACUUGCAUGGGGCAGCCAGUCUCAGUUCAGUCUUAACCUACACCCAUCACCAGAGGGCAACAUCUCAGCAGCCAGUGGUGAAGGAGGACUUGGAGGCCAUACUGGCCCGUGACCAAGACCUUCAGCAGUUAAGGCUGGGGCAGAUCAUCCCAGCAACCCCAUCCCCACUGUCCUGGAAGCAGCACCAGGAAGCCUUUGACAAUUACCUACGUUUGAUCUAUGGUCCUGGCCUGCUGGACAUGCAGUCCAAAAGGGAGCCCCAGCAAGGGAGCUUCAUGGCCCUCACUGCAGAGAGAGAGCUCCAGGACACCAGCACCCUGCCCGGAACUGCCUCCUGCUCUCGGCAGGCUGUGGUCAGCAGUGAAGCCCAGAUAGUACCCACAGCCCUGGCCCACCCCCAGGCCCUGGGGGCCCCAGGUCAGCGUUUCGCCCACCCUCCCCGAGUCACCUUGCCCAUUCCACCCACCAACCGGAAGGUCCACAGCAAGGUGUCCCAGAGACAGCCCAAGGAGCCUCUCUCAGAUCUCAGGGGCUUCUUUCCUGCCACCGUGCAGCCCUACAAGUACUGCCCACGACCCAUUAGUUUCCCUGGCUGUGUGCCCAACUCCGUGGUGCUUCAGCAGAUGUGGCUAUCCACAGAAAUCAGCUACCUUGGAUCCCUGGCCAAGCUCGCCUCCCAUACUGAGAAAAGACUCAAGCCAGGUGCAAGCCUGGAUGACCUGUGGCUACAGCGCCACAGGCGGUACAAUGCCAAGUGGCGGAGAAGGCUGAUCCAAUGGCUUCACGGGAGGUCAGAGGAGGAGGAAGAGGAGGAGGAGGAGGAGGAGGAGGAGGAGGAAAAAGAGGAGGAGGAGGAAGAACUGAAAAUGGACUGGAUCUCAGCUUCCCCGAGCUCACACAGGAUGUACUCUGACCAACAGUUAGAUUACUGGGAGACAGAGGCUGGUAGCACCAUGGAGUUGACCAGGGAGUCCCAAAGCUCCCACCAGGCUCUGAGGACCGAGGCCUACUUUGGCUCCCAGUACCACCAUGGGCAUUCACUCUGGGAAGAGCGCUAUGGGCAUCUGCCCAAGUUCCUGCACUUUUUCGUCAUCCAGAACUGGUUCAAAAAACUGUUCCCCAUCUUCACCCUGGAGGCCUACCCAGAGAUGGGCACAGUGGAGGGCCUGGCCUCCAUGUUGAUUGACCUGCUGGCAGAGGCCACCUGGGAGGACCGUGUGCAUAUCCUAAAUGCACUGCUGAGACUGCUGCCUGAUGUGAGCAGUAACCUCCGCAGUCGGCUGCACAGCAACCUCGUGCACUUGCUCAACCUGGACAAGCCCCCCAGCCUCCAGGACAACAUUCAGAAGCAGUUUGUGAUGCUGGCACUGCAGCUACUGUUGGCCUGCUCCCUGGAGUCCCAUGAUGUGGUGCUGGAGCUCAUGUCCUACUUCCUGUACUCUCCAGCUGCCUACCGGCCAGAGCUCAAGAAGCUUCUGAGUAGUCUGGGCCUCCAGGAUCCAGAGGGCAUCCUGUUCAAGGAGAUGAUGACCUGGGUCCAGGGCUCCAGACUUAACUCCAAGGCCGAGCUGCGCAAAUGCUGCUGCCAGAAGCUGGAGGACAUGAUCCAGAAGCUGAAGAUGGAGACCUCACAGCCAUCUCCAGCCCAGCUGCCCAUGGUGCCGCCCAAGGUCUCCGAUACCUGGUCACCUCCCUCUCCUCUCAGGGAGGCCCAGUCACAGGCCUCGAUGGUCUCAGGGGCUCCUUCGCAAGCCUCGGAGGCACUCCUCCAUGUCCUAGAGCCGCCCUUGCUCCCAGUGUCCCCCCAGGAAUCUACAGCUGCAGCCCCAGAGCCCCAUGCUCACGGCAUGCAGGCGCAGUUUUGCAUUGGGCAGACCAGGCGGUCACUCUCUGAGAUGCUGCAAAGCUUCUGCUUGGUGCCUGAUUCCUCCAUGCCCACUGCACCGCAUGGCCUGCCACCACCGCUGGAGAAGACUGACUGGUCCCACUGGCAGAUGCUGGACCUAUGUUACAUCGAUGCACUCAACUUCUUCUGCAAGCAGCAUCGAGUGCAGCAGCAGAGUUUGACCCAGAAGGAGACAGAGCAGCCACCCCACUCCGAAUCCCCAAGCCCUCCUGUGCCUAACACUGUGGUGCCACAGCCCUGGGAUCGCUGGCACUACCCCAUCCUCCGGCUGCAGGAAGCCAAGUCUCAGAGCUCUGGGAUGAGAAUGAAGGGCCGUAGGACGCAUCUCUACGCUGGCAGUGCCCGCACGCUGGACUGUUCUAUCCGGGUGCUGAAGCUGCCCCUACCACGGGUGGAACUGCGGCCCUUCCCCCCAGGUUGGCCAGCGCCCCCCCGUGCCCUGCCCCCAUUGCUCCUGCAGCCCACCCUGCAGCGGUACUUUCUGCCUGAGGAUGCUGAUCCUGACAGCUACAGCUGACCUGGUGGACGGCAGUGGGUUCCCGGUCUCAGCCCCAUCAACUUGGUGAACUGCAGCACCACUGUGUGUGCUGUGCUCCCUGGCCUAGCUGGCAUCUGGAAUAAAGCCCAGAGGCUUUGGCAAGACAACGGAUGCCCUCCACUUCUCCAGGGUUCUGGGGUGGACAAAAA